UGGACAUCGAAAUCGUUAUAGAAGACGUCCAAAUUAUCAACAUAGACAGUACUAUCACCAAAUUCAUCACUCACAGCAAAAUGUUCAAGAUUCUGCAAAAGUAUCACGGAUAAACACAUCAUUUUCAAGACUAUUUGAAGACACAGAUCCUGUAUACACUAGACGUCAGACAAAUAUCAACCAGCUGUUAUCUACACUAAGUGAAUCAUGCUCUGCCUGGGAAGCAAACCAAAUAUUUGAUUUUGUGACAAGAGAAUCUUUUGGUGGGUUAUCUGGGUUCGAGUCAAUAUUUGAAGAUUCCAGAGCACCUUUAUCAUAUAAAACAACUGUUGCUAAAUGUUUUGCUCAAAUAGCAGUUAAUUUGGGUAAUGAUAUUGGAUUUUAUUUUCGCUGGGUAUUUGAACAUUUACAAACUUCAACAGCUAGUACCAAGGAAAAAGAUAAAGAUCGUAAAUCCUGGAUAUUAUUAUCUUUAAGAGAGGUUUUUUCUAGAAAUUCAUAUGGAAUAUUACAGCCUUCUAUUGCUGGACUUAUUCAUGAUCUUGAAAGUUUAUUGGAUUCUAUGGAUAGUGCAGAUUGUUUCCCUGGAAUCCUGGAAGUAUUGGAAAAAAUAGCUGAAAAAUAUCCAACUGAAUUUGGUGAAAGAUUCCAAGACAUUAUAGAUUUAUUGGUUGGUUGGUAUAUUGAUGCUUCAAUUUCGGAUGUUUUAAAUAAUCUUAUUGCAGACACUUUCAAAAGAUUAAGACCUAUUUGGUUAAGGCAAUUAAAUUUUGCAUAUGAUCUAAUGAGUCACUUCUUAACUGAUAUGGAGAUGUUAUCAAAGGUUAGUGUUUCACAAGAGAUGCCACCAAUAGAUAUAAAAUCAAAAAGUGGUAAUGGCGAAGGUGAAGGAAUACCAAACAAUCUAAAAUCAUUAUUAAGUUGUUUUCAUGCGGUGGCAGAUGCUGUUGGUGGAAUUUUGCCAUCAGCAUCAGUGAAUAAUCUUGAUAUUCAUAUCAUAAAUGACAUGUCUCAUCCUUUUGAUCAAUUAAGAUCAAAGGCUAUUAAAUUUAUAACUAACAUAGCUGAACUACAUGAAGAUCAGUCAUGGUUUGAGAAAGGAAAUCAAAUUAUUCUAUCUCUUAGUACAAUUAGAAAGCCAACAUUCAUUAAACUUCAAGUUUUAUGCACAAAGUUUUUUUUGCUACAAAUAAAAUUUGAUUCAAAAAAAGAAUUGUCAUUACAGUGUUUAGAUGAUUGGUUUGAUAACUUUCUUCAGGUUUUAACACUAUGGACACCAUAUAUUCAUUUAGAAGUUAUCUUGAUUUUGGCAGAUCCUGAAUCGUCAUUAAUGAAACUUCGCUAUUUUUUAUCAUAUAGAACACAAAUACAUGCCGAUAUUUUUGAUAUUAUUCAUACUCUUUUUCAUAAUGCAGUGAAUAUUGACUUUCAUCUUAAGCAGAAAGAAAAUUAUCUAGUCAAUCAAUUAUAUGUAGAGAUUGGAAGCAUGUUAAACAUUUUAUUACAUGAUUCUAAGAAACAUGCACCAAAAGUUUCAAAUUGGGCAAAACUCAUGAGAUCAAAGGAACUUCAAAAUGAUAAUGACAAAUCUCUUAUCCAAUAUCUUGAUAGUUUAAGGUUUCUCUUGAAUAAAAAUGAUUACAUAAUAAAAGAUCAUAUAAUAGACAACAGGAUUGCCACAAUGAUAAUUUUAUUUGAUAUUGAGAUACUUUCUGAGAUUACUUGUGCACAAGAUCACAAUAAUGAAGUGUUUUGGAUGAUUUAUUUAGUAUUAGAAAAGAUUGGCGAACAUGAAAUAAAUCAUAAUAAUAAAUUGUCAUCUGGUUUCAUAACUAUGACUUCAAUUGUUGAUUCAUUCUUACAAUACCCAAAUGAAUUAUCAUCGAAUGCUUUGUCUUUGGUGUUAACUUGGUUUCAAGAUGUCUUGACGUUUUCUCGAUCUUAUCAAUUUCAUUCUUUAGAUAUAAAAUUCCAAAUACAAAGUAAAUUAGAACCAAUUUUUUUUACACUUGUGGUUAUGACCAACAUUGUGAAAAAUCAUGAAAUAAAAUUACAAGUUCCAAAAAUAAUUCAAAAUUUUUUUGAUGUGUUUGGAUUCAUACAAUCGCAUCAAAGAAUUUUUUUUAAGAUAGCAAAUAGAGUCAAUGACUCUGACAUUAAUGUACAAAAUGAGUUUUCAAAAAUAUUAUUUUUUAUAAAUCCAUUUUUUGCAACCUUAAAAUUCGAACCUGUUUUAGAUAAGUUUAUACUGACUUUCAAGUCGAAUAUUGCUUCUACGCAUCAUCAAGGAAUUUUCAGGCCACCUCAUUUUCAGAUAGUUAUGACAUACUUUGGAAUGAAGGAUUUAUUAACAAGUCAAGAGGAAUUUGACAUCAACAAUUAUGAUAUUGGUUCAAAAGGUUCAUGGAAAACGAGAUUAUUUCAAUCUUGUCAGACAAUUGAAAAUUUUGAGAAAGGAAUAAUUGUAGAAGAAAAUGAUGAAUUCAAAUUUGAAUAUUCACAUACUGAUGUUAUGGCAGCAAUUGCAAAUUCCAAUGAGUUACUUACUUUUUGGAUAUUAUGGGAAGUUGCUCGUUAUUGUGUGCUUUCUCGAUUAAGAACACCUUUUGGUGGACCAAAACAAACAUUUGACGCAAUUGAAAAAAAAUUAAAUGAAUUUUUGGAAGAGGAUUUUAAUUCUAUCUUUGAUAAUUCUAAUACUGAUCCCAAUAUACAUGAUAGAUUCAGUAGAAUUUAUCAAUUACAUGAUUUUUUAAAUUUGAUUGAUCGGUUAGAAUUACAAAUAUAUAAUGCAGCUGUUGGAACAGCACUGGGAAGAUUGCCACAGGCACCCCGUGCAAGUAUUAUAUUUUUUCGUACAAAUCGUAAAGUUUGUGAUGAAUGGUUUUCUCGUGUCAGAACUGGAAUUAUAAAAGGGGCUAAAAUUGUUGGAGAUGAUGCUAUGGCUUUAAAACAUGGCUAUCAGUCUCUUUUGAAUCAAGUCAAUAUAUUAAAAGGCGAAGCAACUGUCAAUAGAAUGGAGUUACUGAUGGAAUUUCAAGAAACACUUAUGAAUAUUGUUCAAAGCCUUCAAAAAAUACAUGAACCUGAUAGCAUUGCUGGCUUAUUAGCAUGGAGUCAACGUAUCCUUUUGAACUUUGAAAAUCCCGAUUCAGGAACUUCAUCAAUGAUCAAUGAGUCAUCUCUCGAAGAAAAAAAUCAUGACAAUUCAACUUUGCAACCAUCAACUGCUUCUCUUGUAUUACUUCAGCGUAAACCAAACAAUAAAACUGUUCCUGCUCUUGCUCAUUUUUAUUGGGCAGAUGGUUCAUGCUCAUUUGCAGAAGCAAACUAUGAACUUUCUGUUAAACAGAGCAUUGAAUCUUUAAAUUGUCUUCUUGAAAUAGAUCCCGAGAUGCAAGUAACUAUGCCUCAACUUAGGUUUCUCACAUCCCAAAUCAUCAACAGUUAUUGUAAGAUGGAUGACUUUUCAUCUCUUGGUGAAUGGUUGGAUCAAAAUGACAUUUGGGAAAUUACAAUGGAGUCUUUGACAGAAAGCAAUAAACGAUAUUUAGAGGCAUUGGCGGAUUAUAACAGUGGAAACUAUCUUCCUGCAUGGAAUUUGAUCGAAAAUGAACAACCAAAGUAUCAUAAUAAUCAUGAUUCGAUAUAUUUUGGACCAGAAUUCAUAACAAAUAUGUCUGAAUUUCGGAGAAGUCUAGCUAAAAUUGUUGACAGUUCACCGGAGGAUUUUAAUAAUGAUAAUUUAUCAAUAUCUUCAGUUUUGGAAAAAUUAUCAAAGUAUUCGGUUGAAGCCAACACAUUGUUUAUCAAUUCCAUCUCAUUAUUGGCUAAAACAAACUGUGAAAUAAAAGAUAACGAGAAGGAUUUAAUAGAGUUUCUUGACUACGUUAACUUUUGUCAAUUUUCUUCUUUUAGUACUUCAUUUUCUGGAGAUUUAGAAAUUUGGUCAACACUUAAUAAAGCAGUUAGUCGUCAUCUUAAACAAAAUGACUCGUUGCAAUCCAUCAAUAAUGCUGAUCUAGAAAGGAAUGUAGCAAUCUUCAAUCUUAUGACCGCAAAGGUAGCAAGGAAAAGCUCUGCAUUUAAAUUUUCCAAUUCUUUAUUAGAACAUUGGAAACAUGAAAGACCUGUUGAAGUAAAGUUUGAAAGUGCUAAAAUAUCAUUUGCUAUGGGCAAUCAACAAGAAGCAAUUCGCCAUGUAUGCACUAUACUACGUCAAAAAAAUAAAAUGGAAUCAUUAAAUUUAAUAUCAGACAGUAUCGUAUUUUGUCAAAAAGUAUACUUGAAACUUUCAAAAUGGUUACAAAUUUCUGGAUUACAAGUUGGCGAGGAAAUUUUAUCCGAAAUGAAUUUUUUACUGACUGAACCAACAAUUAAAAAUACUGCUAAGAGAGGCAUAAUUGAAUCAUGUUUGUCAUCAGCUAUUAAUUAUGAAAGUUCAUUCGAUAAAGCAUGGUUUGCUUAUUCUACUUAUAAUUAUCAACAUGGAAGACAAAUUUUGGAUGAUUUAGGGAAUGGGAAAGUUACUGUGAAUUUACUAGAAGUUGUUUGUAAUGAAAUUAAAAAAAUCAUAAAUGAAGACUUGUUGCUGUUAAAACAAGAAAACAAUAAUAAUUUAGAUUGGAGUAUAAUAUUUAAGAGUAUAUUCCGAUUUUUCUUUAAAAAAUUCGGAUCACAAUCUAAAUUUGAUAAUAAUUUUGUCACUGGUGAUGGUAAUGCUGGUACCGGUUCAGAACUUUUAGAAAUAUUGCCAGAAAUCUCCGAUGAAUCUAUCACUAGUAUCAUGAUAGUACUUGGUAAUUUACACCAAGAUCUUAUCACAUUUUAUAAAAACGCAGUUGAAGGUUAUUUUAAAUAUUUGCAAUUAGCUGAUAACAAAAGAGUUUUUGACACCAAUUUCAAUAAUGAGGAUAAUCGUAAUAAAAAAUCAGAUAUUACUACAGCAACACUUAGACUUUUAAGAUUGUUAGUAAAACAUGGUGGUUAUUUAGAGACGCAAUUUGUUAAAGGAUUUAAUAACACAAGUAUUAAAGUUUGGGAAAACAUUAUUCCCCAAUUAUUUUCAAGAUUAGAUCAUCCAAAUGUUUUUGUUCAACAACAACUCUGCAAAUUACUUUGCACAAUUGCAGCAAAUUCACCUCAACUUGUCGUUUAUCACACGAUUGUUGCUUUUUCAUCUAGUGGCACAAGUGACCUGAAUAAACAAUUAUUGAAAAAGAUCGCAGAAAGUUUAGACAAGACUAAUGGUUUAUUGUUUGCUCAAAUUCAGCGUGUUAUCAAAGAACUUAAGCAAAUAACGGUUUUAUGGGAGGAACUUUGGCAUAACAAAAUCAGUGGUUUACAGUUGGAUGUGAAUAAGCGAUUGCAUAAAAUUGAGAAUGAAUUUGAAAGAAUCAACGAUAAUUUGAGUCUGACAUCAGAUCAAAAAAUCAAGUUUAUGAAAGAAAGUUAUGAUGUAACCAUGAAGCCUGUUAUUGUUGCCAUUGAACGACUAUACAAUUCAACAAUCGCAGUUGCUUCAACCCCUCAUGAAAAGUGGUUUUGUGAAAGUUAUGGCACUCGUAUUCAGAAGGCAUUCGAAAAAUUACGCGCACCAAUGUCAUGGGAUACAAUUAAAGAUGGAUGGAACUUUUUUAGAAGUGAUUUAUCAAAAGAAUUACAAACAAGCCGAACUUUAAAAUUGGCAGAAGUUAGUCCAUUUUUAAGCACGAUUAAUUCUUCUCUUAUUGACAUGCCAGGAUUACCAACUUAUUCUGAUCAUGUAACGAUUCAAUCAUUUGAUGAGAAUAUUAUUAUACUGCCAACUAAGACUAAACCCAAAAAAUUGAAUCUUUAUGGUUCUGACGGUCGUCAGUACGGUUAUCUUUUCAAAGGACUCGAGGAUCUUCAUCUUGAUGAGAGAAUGAUGCAAUUACUACAAAUUACUAAUGGAUUAUUUUUACGCGACAAACAAUCCUGUAAUCGUCAUUUAAAUGCAAGGCAUUAUGCUGUCAUUCCUUUAGGUGAUCAUUCAGGAAUGAUCCAAUUGGUUGAAAAUGCUACACAAAUGUUUGUACUUUACAAGAGAUGGCAGCAUCGAGAACAUUUUGCUAAAGUCUUACAAAAUAGCAAUAACGAAGAUUCAGUUGAGAAUCCACAAAGACCUAGUGACAUUUUUUUUGAAAAGAUCAGCAAAGGUUUAAAGAAGGAAGGAUUUUCAAUUUCGACAUCAAGACGCAAUUGGCCGCAUUCCGUUCUCAAAUCAAUAUUCUUAGAAUUAGUUGCUGAAACUCCUUCAGAUUUAUUGGAGAAAGAAAUUUGGUCAUCAUGUACGAGUUCAGCGGAAUGGUGGCAUAAAAGUUUGUCCAUGUCUCGCUCUCUUGCAGUAAUGUCAGUUAUAGGUUAUAUAAUUGGUCUUGGGGAUCGUCAUCUUGAUAAUAUUCUGAUUGAUUUUGAUGCUGGUGAAGUUAUUCACAUUGAUUAUAAUGUAUGCUUUGAGAAGGGAAGAAAAUUAAGAAUCCCGGAAAUGGUUCCUUUCCGUCUUACUCAAAAUAUUGUGGCGGCACUUGGUGUUACCGGUGUUGAUGGAGUUUUUAGAAUUGCAUGUGAAAAUGUACUUAGAGUUAUGAGAAAAAAUAAAGAAAUGUUGCUUAUACUUCUCGAAGCGUUUGUUUAUGAUCCUUUAGUAGAUUGGCAUCAAGGAGAAUCUGAUAAUUCACAAUCAAAUGAAAAUGAUCAAAUAGCUGGAAAGAGAACUUCUUCAGGACUUGGCAUAAUUGAAGAAGAUGCAGAAGGUUGGGAUAAUCCAUUUCAACAAAUUCAAAGUGGUAAAAAUAUUGGCGCAGUACGAAAUACAUUCGCUGUAAGUGUAAUUAGAAGAAUAAAAUCAAAACUCGAGGGAAAAGAUUUUGAUUCUGCCACUAAAAUGACUGUUUCUGACCAGGUUGAUAUAAUUAUAAAACAGGCAAUGGAUAUUGAUAAUUUAUGUGUGAUGUAUGAAGGAUGGACAUCUUGGAUUUAA